UUUUCCGGAGCUGGGGGUGGUGUUUGUUUUGUAGCUAGCAACUUUCCCUCUGCCCAGUAGCGGAGCUGAGAUUUGAACUAGAGUUCCUGACAACGAGGGUAUUCUAAUUUAUAGCCGGGCUUGCCUUCCUGAUUUCCUAUCGAGUAGUCGGCAUGCUGUUCCUCCACGGGAGCCCACUGAGGUCUCACGGCAACCUGAAACCUUCCAACUGUCUGGUAGACAGUCACAUGCAGCUGAAGCUGGCAGGAUUCGGGUUGUGGGAGUUCAAGCACGGCAGCACCUGCAGGAUCUACAACCAGGAGGCCACGGACCAUUCAGAGCUCUACUGGACAGCCCCAGAACUGUUGCGGCUUCGGGAGCUUCCCUGGUCCGGCACCCCGCAGGGAGACGUUUACAGCUUUGCCAUUCUCCUGAGGGACCUGAUCCACCAGCAGGCCCACGGGCCCUUUGAGGACCUUGAGGCAGCUCCAGAGGAAAUCAUCAGCUGCAUUAAAGACUCCCGGGCACCGGUUCCACUUCGGCCGUCCCUGUUAGAGGAUAAAGGUGACGAAAGGAUUGUGGCCCUGGUGAGGGCAUGUUGGGCUGAAUCUCCAGAGCAGAGGCCUGCCUUCCCUUCCAUCAAGAAGACGUUACGAGAAGCCAGUCCAAGAGGCAGGGUGAGCAUCUUGGAUAGCAUGAUGGGCAAGCUGGAAAUGUACGCCAGUCAUCUGGAGGAAGUAGUGGAGGAGCGGACCUGCCAGCUGGUGGCAGAGAAGAGAAAGGUGGAGAAACUCCUGUCCACCAUGUUGCCAAGCUUCGUUGGAGAACAGCUAAUAGCUGGAAAGUCCGUAGAACCAGAACAUUUUGAGUCUGUCACCAUCUUUUUCUCUGACAUCGUGGGAUUCACAAAACUAUGUUCUCUCAGCUCCCCCUUGCAAGUGGUGAAGCUCCUCAAUGACCUGUACAGCUUGUUUGAUCACACAAUACAGACCCAUGACGUAUACAAGGUGGAAACCAUUGGUGAUGCCUAUAUGGUGGCCAGUGGGCUUCCUAUCCGAAAUGGAGCUCAACACGCGGAUGAGAUUGCCACCAUGUCUUUGCAUUUACUCAGUGUCACCACCAACUUCCAGAUUGGGCACAUGCCUGAGGAGAGACUCAAGCUCCGGAUAGGCCUCCACACAGGUCCUGUGGUGGCUGGUGUGGUGGGAAUCACCAUGCCCAGGUACUGUCUGUUUGGAGACACUGUGAACAUGGCCUCCAGAAUGGAAAGCAGCAGUUUGCCUCUCCGGAUUCAUGUUUCUCAGAGCACUGCCAGAGCUCUUCUAGUAGCAGGAGGGUACCAUCUUCAGAAGAGAGGCACCAUUUCAGUCAAGGGCAAGGGAGAACAGACGACCUUCUGGCUGACAGGCAAAGAUGGCUUCGCUGUCCCGCUCCCCGAGUUUACUGAGGAAGAAGCCAAAGUUCCAGAGAUAUUGUGAGGUUCUUUCAAGAUGUUUGUGGAGCCCCACUAAUGUUUGUGGGUACCCUCUUGGUGGGGAGGGGAGAUACAUCUGACAUUCCUCUUCCUCUGAGCAGUUGUAGUACUCGGCAAUGAAUCGAUGUCCCACUAGAUGGUGCUGUUUGGUGUCCCAUUCUGUUCCAAACUUUGCUCCCAGACCCCCAGCUAGUGUGCUGUUGGAAGAGGAGGCCAGAGGGAACUCAUUUCCAGUCAUGGCCAGUCACAGAGGCUUUUAGCCUCACAACUAAUGGAUUUGCCUAAAACCGAUUUCCUCCUGGGAGAAUAUGGCCUGGUCAACAGUCCGCCGUACCUUACUUAUUCCUUGUUACACUUCUUUCUCUGCACCUUAUAAGUCCCCAGCCUAGAUGGCUGCUUGUGAAUGCACAGAGCAUUUGUACAACAUGCUGGCCCCGAGACCUUAUGAUCUCUUGAAAUACCAAGGAAUGAGGAGGUGGGACCCAGUGAGGCCAGUUAGAUUUUCUUUGUGGCUGGCGUGCACUGUGGAGAUGUUCUUGCGUAUACUGUAUUGAGAAACAAACUACCUUUUGUUUUAUUGGGGAGCUUCCACUUCAAUAUUUACAAAAAAAGCUUGGUACAGUUCUGGCCAUUCUUCACAACCAAGGACAGCCUUCCCGGUAUCAGCCCAUCUUCAGAACCACUCUUGAGUGUUCCCUUGGUUUCUUCCCUGAGGUAUUGACUAAUUUCUCUGACCUUCGGAUACUUCCUCUCCUUGGCAUCGUUCUGGUGAGAGGCUCUGCUUGCCUGCAAAGUCUUCAGUGUUAAGGGAUGACAUCUUAGAUGGCCCGCUAGGAGGAGGGAAGGCAGAAAGCAUUUACAUACAGAGUUUUUCCCCCUCCAGCAUGGAGACACUGGGUCCAGUCCACCUUCUUGUACCUCCUACCUUCCUCCCUUGUUGAGCAUCAUGGCUUCUUGUCCUAAACACUUUGCUCCAUCAUGAAACAAAACAAACCAUAAUCACGUAGGCAGCUCUUAGACCAGCCCCUUUACAUCCAUUUGUCCAUCUGUCUGUUCGUCCACCUGUCCAUCCAUCUACUCACCCACCCAUCCAUCUAUCUCUCUAACCCCCAUUUACCUACGAAUCCAUUCAACUAUCUAUCCACCCAUGUGCCAGUCCGUUUGUCUACCCAUUCACCAUCCAUCUGAGGAUUUUAUGACCUUAAGGCGCAUGUAUUUCUGCUGUGCUAACGACACACUGGACGUGUGAGAGCUUGAAACUUUCAUCUCUAUCUUGCGGUUUAGUUGGACAGAGACAUUUGAAAAAGCAAUGACACAACAUUAAGGACUAGCAGAGCUGCCAACAGAAAUGAAACAACCAAAAAUCUAAUGUUGUGACAGUAAAAGGGCGUUAGGAAAUUCUAUUGGGCUCCAGAGUUGGGGUUGAACAAGGUAAUUGUUUAUGAUUGUUCCAUCUUUGUAUUCGUAUCGAUGAGGUACAUUUGCUUCUAGCCCAUCUGUUUGCUUAAAUUAUAUUAAAUAAUAGACUUUGUUAAAUCUGGCCUCAUUUAAUAUUAUAACAUAAACAUUUGAUAUCCAGACCUGUACAUGCCCACAAAACACAGUAAAAAUACACUCAGACACUCGCACGCACACUUCAACUGUAUUCCUACACACACACACUCACACACACAUUCACACAUGCACACUCACACACACACUCACAUACACACUCACACACACUUAUACACACACACUCUCUCACACACACAUUCACACACACACUCUCUCACACACACUCACAUACAUACAUUCACACACACUCACACUCAUACACACUCACACACAUACUCAUACACACUCACUCACACACACUCACACACACACUCACACACACACUCACACACACUCAGACUCACACACAUACUCAUACACACUCACACAUACACACACACUCUCACACACACACUCACACACACUCACACACACACUCACACACUCACACACAUACUCAUACACACUCACAUACACACAUACUCACAUACACACACUCAUGCACACACACUCACACACACACACUCACACACACACUCACACAUACACACUGGAUAUAUUUACACAUGGGGGAAGAGGAGAAGAGAGGGAGGAGGGGGAGAGAAACGGAAAGGGAAUGGGUAUUAUAGGUAGGAGCAGUUUCUUCCGAUCUGUAUCUAUGUUGUGUGUGUGUGUGUGUGUGUACUAAGGAUACCUAAGGGAUUAUGUAUGUUUCUUUUCUCUGGAUAUAAGCUUUAUGUUUAGUACAAGUUAAAAUUUACCAUAGACAUUACAUGGAGGUUGCUUUCUCUUAAUCCCUACCAGAACCCUAAGGUAGAAAGGGUUACUAAACCCUGUGUGGGCCUAUCAGUUAAACUGAACACAUCUAAUCACUGGCAAGAGAGUGGGGUUCCACAAGCAGGGCUUGCCUGCCCCAGGUGAUUCUACCCCUCCAAUGUUAGCCAUGCUAGAUGGCUACUUCCUUUGUCUCUUUGUAAACCCCUGUGCUGGAGUGUUUGAAGUAAGUGAUUGGAAGUUUGUGGAAUGUGGAGUCUAGGAAGUCUCCACACCUUUGGAAGAACUCUGGGGCUGUCGUCUAUCAUAACAUAUGAACGCCGUACACUGUAGUCACAGGUUACUUAUUCCAGACAUUUUAUUUAGUCCAUAGCACCGGGUUGAGAUACAAGCUCAUAAAUCAUGAUGAUGGUUUUAACAUUGUUUUACUCUGACAGCCAAACACCUAUGUACUUGGCUUUAUGUAUGCUUCCUAAGAGUUCCUGACUAGGAUCAAUAAAGCAUGUUUUCUGUAA